CGCUCGGCUGCUGAAAUUUUACGUUCGGGUAACUGGUGAACAGGGGAAGUAAAGGAAAACCAGGCGACCGAGCGCUGCCGAGGCUACGAGAACCGGCGGCGACCGGCGAGAGCCACCAUCGGAGGCAACCGGAGGCGGAGGGGUUUUUUGGACGCCUCACUCGUCCUUCUCUCGUUUCUCCUCUCCAGGGCCAAAAGGGAUGUCGCUGGGCUAUGCUAAGAAGCUGUCGUACCGGGAGGAUGUGGGCAGUGUGGGCAUGCCUGAGAUGUUUGAUUCCCCCGAACUCCUCCAGAAGAAGAUAGAAGAGCUUGCGGUUAUGAUCCGAAAGAGUAAGCAUUUAGUGGUGUUUACCGGAGCAGGGAUAUCAACUUCAUCAGGCAUACCUGAUUUCCGAGGGCCAAAGGGUGUGUGGACUCUGCAGCGUUCAGGAAAAGGUGUUCCUGAUGCUUCACUACCAUUUCACCGAGCAGUUCCAACCUUGACCCAUAUGGCACUAGUUGAAUUGGAAAGAGCAGGAGUCCUAAAGUUUGUCAUAAGCCAGAAUGUUGACAGCCUACAUCUGCGUUCUGGACUCCCAAGGGAGAAGCUGGCCGAAUUGCAUGGGAAUUCUUUCAUGGAAAUCUGCCCAUGCUGUAAAGCGGAGUACCUUCGGGAUUUUGAAAUCGAGACAAUAGGACUGAAGGAUACUCCGAGGCGUUGUUCUGAUAAGAACUGUGGAACUAGAUUAAAAGAUACAGUUCUUGAUUGGGAGGAUGCUUUACCACCUGAGGAGAUGAAUUCUGCCAAGGAGCAAUGUCUAGCAGCUGACCUUGUCCUAUGUCUUGGAACUAGCUUGCAGAUUACUCCUGCAUGUAAUAUGCCUCUUAUGUCAAUCAAGAAUGGGGGGAAAGUGGCUAUUGUUAAUCUUCAGGCAACUCCAAAGGAUAAAAAGGCAAGCCUUGUCAUCCAUGGACUUGUGGACAAGGUCAUUGCUGGAGUCAUGUGCAUUCUGAAUCUGCGCAUCCCGCCAUAUGUGCGUAUCGACUUCAUUCAGCUUAGUCUUCGACACACAGUCAAAAAGAAAUGUGUAAGAUGGACUCUGCGAGUAACAAGCAUUCAUGGUCUGAGAGCACCAUUAUCAUUUCUUCGUUCAAUUGAGGUUUCCUUUCCCGAAAGACCUGACAUGAAGCCUGUAGUGCUUAUGGAGCAACCAUUUUCUUUGCAGAGGGAAACAUCAAUGGCUAGAGCAUUCUUCAUGUUGUUGACAUUGAACUUCAGUGAUGGUUGUGGCUGCUCAAGCUCGUCAAUUGAAUGUCAUGUUGAUUUUCAGAAGCAAAAGGAGAACUUUUUUCGAGAUAGAAGCCUAGUGCUGCAGGAGCUGAAGUGCGCCGCAGAGCGCCAGUGCCGUGCCGGUCAGCAAUCUAUUCUUGAAAGGCAAAGUCUGGCAAGAGCUGAGACAUCUAUGCAUGCAUUUGUGACCAACAUGGUCAGUUACGACGCUGAAGAUCUCAAGGUGGCCAAGCCCAGGGGUACCUGGAUGGACAGCAGCAGCAACCUUACAAAACGGCACCUGGAAGUCCCUACUGGCGGCUCGCCGCCACCAAAGAAGCUAAAGUGAACUGUCAUGUCUGCAUCAGGUUAUUUGACCCUUUUUUGGUUUGAGGGAGUUACCUGAUCUGGCAGUGGCAAGAGUGAGGUUUAGAGUUAGAUGUAGUGAACUGUGAAGGAAAGGUAGAACAACUUUUGUUGCAUAGCGCAGGGACUGGUCAGAUGAAGUCACAAAGGUAGAACAACUUUUUGUUGCAUAGCGCAGGGACUGGUCGAUGUAGUGCUCUCUUUUUUAGAUGUCGAUGUAGUACUUUGUUGUACUCCGUAUCGAAGUUGAGAAACUUCUCAAAUGUUGAUAUUAUCUUAUCCAAUGGAGAGCUGGCGGUCGAGUUAAUGAUACUGAAUGAAAAAAUAAUUAUAAUAAAAAGGCCUCAGUGAGUACCAUGUCGUGAA